GCCGCCGCAAUGGAAUCCCUUGUUAAAGCCUUUCCAUAAACCCUAGCAAUCUUCCUUAUAAUCUUCGAUAAUCUCUGCUAAAAUUAUUAAAGAUAAUGUAAACAAUGCAUUCGUUGAAGCCACUGGAUAAUUACUCGUAUUAUGGAGGAAAUAAAGGUUAUAAUUAAUCUGGACAACAAUUACAAGAGUGCAAGUGUUGAGGGAAAACAAAUGGAGGAGGCAGGCAAGCAACUCUUGAUUACUCUGACUUCACUGAACUCAGUGAAUAGACAAGAAAUACUAGAAGUACUCGAAAUUGACAUUGGCCAAUAUACCAAAUUUCUGCCAAAAUCAAUUAGUCGAAAAAGCAAUACAGAAGAUGAAAAUGAAGGGAAUAUUAAUGAAUUGCUAUACGGAAAGAUCAUCAGGACUUUUCUUUCAACGUUUAAUGACAAUUUCGGUCUUUUGACGGACAAUAUGAUUAGUUGUGUGGAAAAUUUGCUAAUAGUCACAGGUUCUAAUUUUUUUAUGCUCCAUGAGCUCUUGAUAUCAAUCAGUGAAUAUUUCAAACAAUCGACAAAUGAAGAAUCCAUGAAAUUCUACAAUUCUAUUCUUGAUAAAGUAUUAAAAAGUGAGGCUUUAUCGUCUUCCAUAAUUUCUGCCUGUGAAAUGAGAAAUGUGAGUAAAUGGGAACAAGAGGAAUACGAGAAAAGUCGUCAAGACUAUAUUCAAAUAUUAAUUUCUUUGCCAUCGAAAGUUGCCAAUAAAAUGAAGGAUCAAGUGCCAGAAACAUUCUCAAUCAAUAAUUACUCAACAAUUAUUUCAUUUCAAAUAGUCCGUGCGAUGCUCUAUCUACAUGAAGAAUUAAAUACACAUCCCACUGUUCUGGACUUGAGAAUAAUUUCUUCCUUGAUCAGUAAAGGUUUUUUAAAUUUUGGAGCUAAAAAUUUUUCGGAUCUAAUCAAGAUUAUGAUUUCGUGGUGUUUGGAGGAUGAAAACUCGUUAAAUUAUAUGGUUCAUGAUAUUCUAGAUAAUAUAACGAGAGCCGCUAUUCCAUUCAUGACAAUAUUGCUGUUGGAAAAUAUUGAAAAUCCCCGAGAUGUUGAGAAAGUAUUUCAAGGUCUAAUGGCACAUGACCAUUGGAAAUUCAUUUUGACAAAAAAAAUGCUAUUCUUUUCCUAUUUCAAUAAUGAUAAGAUAAUUAUAAAUUUGAUCAAUUGUUUAUUUUCCAAUGGGGCAGAGGAAUAUCUUACUGAGUCAAUUAUUAAACUUUUGGAUAUUUGGGGAGGUAGAAGUGCAAUAAAUCAUUCAACUCUGGAACAUCAUGAAUAUAUCACCAAAAUCAUAUUAUUAUCGAUGAAAAAAUUGAGUAGGAAAUUGAGGCCAUUUGAAAAAGAUUCUAUUCAAGAGUUAUUGUUUUCUGGCGUAGCAGCUCACUUGGAAAAUAUGCAGGUUGAAAUCAGAGCGAUUGGUAUGAUAACGGGAGAAUUAAUUGUCAAUUAUUUAAAUGAGGAUAGUACAGCAAGACUGAAAUACGAUUAUGAUUCAAUGCCACAGGCGGGUGCGACUAUUGUAUGUAAAAUUAAAGAAUUUUGGAGCGAGAAAUGUGAAGAGUGCCACGGUUUUUCAUCCUCUAUCACAGCUGAACAAUUGAUCACAAAUUUGGGGGUAAAAUCAUCAAUAACUUGGAAGGAAGAAAAAAAUGCAAAAGCUAUUUAUCUAGAUAGAGAAAUUGUAAAAACGCCCAAGGAUAGUUAUCAUGAAGAUGUUAAUGAUUUUAAUGAGAAAGAGAGUGAGAAUGAGGUGUAUUCAAGUAAUGAUGUUACUGAGAAUAGCCUGGAUAGUGACGAUGACCUUAUUCCUUACGAUAUGUCAAACGAUCGAAAGAGUUUUGAAAAUAUUCAACCACUGUAUCUUCGACAGUUAAAAGAGAAUUUAUUCAAUUUAUCGGAUAAUGCUGACCCUACACUUUUUUCCGAAUCCCUCCAAUGUUCAGAAAAAUUAAUACUAUCUCAACUUUCAAACGAUGAUCCAUCAUUUGCCCUCGAGUUACUAAAAAUGUUUUCUAAAUUGACAGAAAUAUCUUAUGUAGACAAUUUUGAUACGUUGAAAUUCAGGGCCUGCGUAGCAAUCACUAAAAUUCAUCCCAAAUUAUCAGCUGAAUAUUUAUGUGAAGAAUUUCACGCUCCAAUUGGAAGUCACUCGGUUAAUGACAGAAUAUUUUUUCUCAGAGUUUUGGCAGAAACUGCUCGUGAAUUAUCAAAAAUCAUAGCAAAUGAAAAGCAUGAAGACAAAAUCAUCAAUAACACGGACCAAUGCAACAGACGAUUAGUUUCCAAACCAAUAUCACUGCUCCUAAAUUCGGAAAUUGGGAAAAAAAUUGAAACAUUAUAUGAUGAUGAUUUCGAAAUAUCUAGCCAUUUGGAUAAUCAAAGUUUAAUAAGAGUCGAAGAGAGUCGAAAUAUCAUAUCCCAAAGAAUUCAAUUACAAACAAAAAUUUUUGCUCACUCAUCAGAAUUUAAUUCAAGAGGAAAAACAACGACGAUAUCACUGAAUAAGUUCAAUGACGUAGCAUCAUAUUUUUUUUAUCCCCUUUUGUAUGGAAUACAAACCUCAGGUGAAAAUGUUUUUCACAGUCCGAAACAUUUUGAAGAUCAUGGCAAUCUAUUGUUAAUGAAUUUCAUAAAAACACUGUCUAUAAUUAUGAUAUCUGCUGAAAAUUGUAUAAUUGCACCUAAAAUGGCAAGAGAAAUAUUAGAAUUUGCCUGGACCAUGAGAUUUCAUGAACAAGCCAUGGUGAGAUGCUCUAUUAUAGAGUGCAUUGCUGCUGUUAUUGUUACCGUGCAAAAGUCUCAUAUUACCGGUGAAAUUUUUGAUUUGUUGCUGGAGCUUAGAAUAUGGCUAAUGGAUAUGUCCGAGGAGUCAUCGAGAGGAGAUCCUCAUGCCCAAUGUAAAUCAGCAGCGAGAAAUGUUAUUAGCUUAAUUAAUUCCUUAUUUCCAUCAUUCCAUUGUAAUGUAUAAAUCAAUAAAUAUGAUAUAUUAUUCAUCAA